CACGCCGCGGACUGUGGAGAUAAACAUGGCGUCUGUGACCAACGCUACAUCUGAGUGGAUCCAGUUUUUCAAAGAUGCUGGCAUCCCUGCUGGGCUGGCUGUUCACUACGCAGUCUCCUUCGUUGAUAACAGAAUUCAGAAGAACAUGCUGAUGGACCUGAGUAAAGAGUUCAUGAUGGACCUGGGGAUCACAGUGAUUGGGGAUAUCAUUGCCAUCCUGAAACAUGCCAAAGUUGUUUAUAGACAGGAUAUGUGUAAAAUGGCAACUGAGGCAUUGUCAUCGGGUCAAACCACCGUUCAGGCAGAGCUCAGAAGAAAUGCCAACACCCCUGCGACCCGGAUGAUUGCAAACAGCCUGAGCCGAGACUCUCCCCCACCCACCCCCGUCAGGAAACCUGACAACAGACUGUCCGUCACCGUGUCCAACAAGCAGGCCAAAGCGGAUGCGGGGCCCGGUGUUUCAGUGAAGCGACGACGGGUCACUGCGGAGAUGGAGGGUAAAUACAUCAUCAACAUGCCGAAGGGGACCACAGAGCGAACCAAGAGGAUCCUGGAAGAGCAGGCAGAGAUAGAAAAGGGUAUGUAUCGAACCUCUGUGUUUGAGAGACUCGGAGCUGAAUCCAUGGCUGAUACCACUGUGGGAAGCAAGCCGACGGGGGUGUUCAGCCGAUUAGGAGAUGCGACAGGCGAGCUCAGGGAGAAGGAGGAGGAGGACGAGAAGGCGGUGGAGAGCGACGGAGAAGGCUCCGUACUUCAGUACGCCGGGGUCCUGAAGAGAACAGCACAGCCUGCCAGGAAAACCCCGGCCAAGGUCAGCCCUGCCUCCCUGACCUCAGCCAAGACCAGGACUACCCUCGCGGCUUGCAGACCAGCCCUCGCGGCUCGCAGACCAGCCAUUGUCACCUUGAAGCGUCUGGGCAAGCCUGCCAGGGCCCUGGCAACCUGCACUGCUACAGACAAGCCUGAGCCUGCUGCCAAGAUCAGUGUGCUGCAGAGGCUGGGCAAGCCCUCCAGCCCACAGCCCGACACUCAGGACAGCAGGGUGACCAGCACCAAGAGCAAAGGGUUCACAGUCACCAUCAACCGGGGGCUGGGCAGCGCCAAGGUGAGCAGCAGCACCGGGGAGUGCCAGGGGGCGCAGAUGGACAGUGCCGGCUCUGUCAGCGUCUUCAAGAGACUGGGCCUGAAGAACACCUGACUGCCUCGCUGAGUCCUGCACUUUUAAUAAUGCUUAUCGGUUUUAUGGAUGUUUUUUUGUAUCGGGGGAUAAAUAAACAAAAAAACAUGCAACGAUAACAGUGUACCACUUUUAAAUUUUUUACAGCAUUUAAUGGUCGUAUAUAUUCGAUACAGUGACACGUCCCUGUUGUCUUGUCUAUACUGCUACCCCUAUUGUAAGUUGGCUGGCUCGGUAUUUGAGCACAUUUAACUAGUAGUAAAUGGAAACCCUGACAACUAUACCCUGUAGCGCUGCAAGUCUCAAGUUGGCAUGCAAGUUU